AUGUCUUCAAUACACUACAAAUUUCGUGCGAGUGUCGAAUCGAAAACGGUUCGAUUUGAGGGUCUCCAUAUCCUUUGCUCGGACCUGAAACGCGAAAUCUAUACCAAUGAGAACAUCAAAUCCGAGUCGUUCGAUUUGGUGCUGGCGAAUGCUCAGACAAAGCGCAGCUACCUCAGCGAGGAGAUGAUACCCAGAAAUGCGACCAUUAUAGUCCAACGGGUCCCGAAAGAUGGUGCUGAAAAGGCGCCUAAAAUUCCGAAAGGGAAUGGUGGAUUGAUUUUGAAGUCGUCUACUUCGGACAGCUAUGUUCCCGCAGAAAUGCCAAGCAUCGAUCCGGCGCUUUUGGAAAAGAUGACUGAAGAGGAGCGCCAGGCUUGUCUGAUGGAUCUGUCGACUAAGAAAUAUCAUUCAUCCAAUUUCCAACGACGCACAAAGAACAACAUCAUGUCGGGCCCUCCACCGCCAACAUACGUCUGUAAUCGCUGCAACCAGACCGGUCAUUGGUAUCAGAACUGCCCGAUGGCGAACACGAAGAAGGCGACGGGGAUGACGAUGGAUGAGCUGAUAGUGACCACGGCGGAUGAUCCGCAUGCCCUGCUCCAUUCUUCGGGCAGAUAUGUCGUGCCUCGUCUUCACUAUAUCGCCCGAAACCGCAGAACGAACGCUGGUCCUGGUUCCGAAUCGCCGGCUGAUCGAGUGGUGCCAUCGCGCUUGACAUGUCCACUAUGCAGCGAGCUGUUGAGGGAUGCGAUGAUCACGACAUGUUGUGGCGUCACUUUUUGUGCCGAGUGCAUCUCGGAGAAUUUGCUGUCGGAUGAGGAGCGCAAAUGCCCAAAAUGUGCACGCACUGGGCUAUCCCUCGACGACAACAUCAUCCCGAAUGGCGCAAUCCGCGAAGCCGUACAAGACUGGAUCGGUUCAGCCAAUCGUCGCGCCGGCUCAGCCAACGCGUCCCCAAAUAUAGACGAUCAUUUGCCGACGGUCAGCAAAGUUCGCAUUGGGCUCGGCCCCAGUGCCCCAGUCGUCCGGGAGGCGAUCAAAGAUGCUCACCAACUCGAGCCGUCUGAGAUGAUGCCGCCCGGCGUUACAAAGACUGAGCCGGUAGCGAUACCAGCGCCACAAAUCGACCUCAGCCGACCUCCGCCUCAAUUUGCCGCUGCUCAACCAGCCUAUACACAGCCCAUGGUCCCGCAGGCAUCACUUGGAAUCCAACCAUCGGCUGCACUCCUUCCCCCUGGUGUUGAAGCGCCAAGACCUGGAUACCCGGCGAUCGGAAAUACAAUGGCUACUUCAGAGAAUCUGGUCCCUCCCGGAAUGGUACUUCCACCAAUGAAUGUCCCACCGCCGACGCUCCCCGCGGCUUCCCUCUCCAACAUGAUGCACCGACAGGUGUUGUCGACGAACGCGCCGUUUUAUGGAAUGAAUCUCCAAUCUGCGGGUUCUUCUGUGCCGGUAGGCCCGGUGCCCAUCGCCCUCAAGAAUGACCUGGAAAAAUGGGAAGAUUAUUUGGCGCAAAAGGACUCGCGACGAAGGAGAAAUGAUUAUCACGAUUAUCGCCGAAGAGAGCGCAAAAGAUCGCGCUCCUAUUCAAGUUCUUCUUCCGAAAGCGAUGAUGAUCGUAGACGUCGGACAGAUAAAUACCCUAAGCGUCGCCGUGACGAUGAUUAUGGACGGGAAAGGGAUAGAAGGCGAAGCCCUCGAGCCUCCGAUCGAUAUCGACACGCGGCCGAGUCGUCACAUCGCUCGACACGAGAUGAGCCAAAGAGAAAAGAUGAACGUCGGCCUCGUAAGGCGGAGAGGAUUGAUGAGAAAGAUGGCAAACCGCGAGAAGAAAAAGAGAGACGCAAGAAGGAGAAGCGCGAUGGCAGGGAGCAAGAGGAGAAGAUGGAAGUUGCCACCCGUGAAGAUGUUCAUUCGCCACGAGAGGAUACGGUGGCCGAAGAAGCCGAGAUCGGCUCGGAGGAUGCACCAAAUAGUGCUGAGAUUCCUGAAGAGAUGAAAUCGGAAGUGGAACGAACUGGGCAUACACCGAAAAAGGAGCUUGAGCCCGAGCAUGACUCGCCGACGGUCGAUGAAUAUAUGAUGAUUGAUGACCGUAUCGGGAAUGAGGCAUCUGACGAAGAAAAAGUGCAGAAUGACGAUGAGGAUAAGGAAGAUGAAGGCGAAGGUCGGAAGAAGAAAAAGGAGAAAAAGUCCAAGAAGAAGAAGCAUAAGAAGGAAAAGAAGCAGAAAAAGGACAAGUAUCGCGAGGACGAUUCUGACGGCGAAAGGUCGUCGAAAAAGAAGAAGGACAAACGGCGUGACGGCCAUGACUCCGCGGAAGAACGGUCGUACAAGAAAAAGGAAAGAGAUCCUAGCCCAGCGAAAGAACGACGUCGUUCGACCGAAAAGGAAGAGACGACGGGAAAGAGAAACAGAGAUCGGUCUCCAGCAGCAUCCAAGCCUACCGAUGCUUCCCGGGUGCGAGAUCAAGCCAGGGACAAAAACGAAGGACGCGAGAGCCAUCGAGAGAAAGGGCAGGAUGAGCGACGGCGAGAAGAAGAGCGACAACGCCCCAAGGAUCCACCAAAAGAGGAAAGCCGCUCUCUAAAUGAAAAAGAGACGGGUCGCGAAAAGAGCACCAACGAUUCGCGAAGCCGAGAUUCGCGAAAAGUGGUGGAUCGCAGCCAGCGGAAGGAAGACAGUCCUAGAGGCAAGGAAGAGAGGCGGCGGACUGGAGACUCGAAGCCCGAUGAAAGGCCCAACAAAGAAUCGGUAUGGAAAGAUAUAAAGAAGGUUACCUCUGGAGAACACGACCGGAAAACGCCUCCGAAGAGCCACAGUAGUCUUCCGAAUUCUCGCACGGUCAAAAACGAGAUGGAUUUGGCAUCGCAACGGCUGCAGAAUGAGCUGCUACGCCGCAAGAGGAAUGAAAGCGACACGAGAAAUGACGGUGCAUCAGGGCAACGCGGCGCGGAUCCUUCCAUCAGAAGUCACCAGGAACUGCGGGCCGAAAAGGCAAUGAAAUCGUCAAGGACUGUUUCAGAGGACACCGAGCCGAAGGCUGAUGUUUUCGACACGUCUCAAAGCGGCAACAAGCCGACAGGAAUGCGCAUCCAGAUCACCUUCGAUAUGGACAAGGAUAAAAAACGAAAACAU